AUGGCUCAGCGAAACUUGGAUGAAGAUGCAUCAACCGACAGUGGAGCAACCCUACUUCUCUGUUCCCAGUGUAACAACACAUUGUUAGCUCCUGCCUACGAUUUUUCACCUCGCAUAUGGAACAAUAUCCGUACCCAUGCCAACCCUGACACUGCAGAAAGGAGUCAAAUUGCUCAGAAAAUACUCUCUGCAGAAUGCGACCUCGCACACUACCGAGUGGAGCUCGCUCGGCUACGUGGCAUCGUGUCAAAGUUGGAAAAGCAGGAAGAGAAAGUCAGAGAAUAUAUCUCUGGGUACCGCAGUUACCUCAACUCUGCCGUUCGACGAUUCCCCACCGAAAUUCUUCUUCUCAUCUUUAGCGAAGUGGUGUCUUCGAUACCUGAUCCCAAUUUCACGACAACUCUUCACAUCUCUCUCGUCUGUUUCCGGUGGCGAAACAUAGCACUUUCAGCGCCGUCUCUAUGGCGAAACAUAUAUGUGGGGAAGGGUUGUCCUCCUGAUAUCAAUAAAACGUUGGUGCAGCUGUAUAUCAAGCGCUCUAUGAACGAACCGUUGCGCAUCGCUGCGAACGUAAUGGACAAAGCCUAUGCCUAUUGCUAUGCCCCUGCUCUGUCGGCCCUCUAUGCUUCGUCGGAUCGCUGGGAGGAGGCAAAUUUGAAGCUGUUACAACCAGCGGUGCCCUCUCUUAAUUCGAACGUAAUAAACAAAGUUCCAAUGUUGCAGACCCUCACUCUGGAGAUGUAUGGAAUUGACUCUGGGGAAAGGUGCACAGCGUUCUCCCAUGCUCCCCAAUUACGGACCGUCGCUCUCACAGGUGUAUGGGCCCGGGAAGUUGAACUUCCAUGGUCACAGCUAGAAGCGGUCGAGUUUGGCGGAAAUUACCUCAAACAUCCUUUUGAUUGGACAAUAAUGGCUGGCACCAGCGCUUCGGGCAAUCCGAUCCGUAUUAAACACUUCGCUGUCCCAUAUAGAAUCUUAUGGUCAACAGGAACGCUCAGGUCAAUAUACCUGACAUCGGUGCACCUAGGCAUAUCGCGGGGUACCUCUUCCAUAUCCGGCGCCAUACUUCCCUCCUUGGUCGCUCUGAAGGUUCAGAUACACGACCCAAUCGGGGACAUAGAGUGGGGAAACAGCCUUGUUUAUUUCCUUCGUCGAUCGAAGUGUCAGCUUGAAUGUUUCGAGUUGGUCGUGUCCAGGGGGUCUAUAGUGGAGCCAAGCGAGCUCCUACUUGUUCUUCAAGCCACUUCGUCUCUCCAGUCACUCAAGAUCUCUGAAGCAGAUUUUUUUCCGACACCGCUGAUCACGAACGAGGUCUUACGCAGCCUGUCCUCGGUGUCAAUGCUACCAAACCUGACCUCUCUGCAGUUCGUUUGGACACGAGAGCAUAGCGGUUGGUCGGACGCAUUGAUCGCCCUCUUGCGUUCAAGAGUAUCGGUCUCGAACAAUGCGAAGUCGCUGAAAGCGGUUACCUUGGGCAUCAGGCAUGGCAAAGAGAUGCCUCCAGACGUUGUGGUGUACAUGAAGGAGCUGAGAGCCUUUGGCGUUAUCGCGUCACUCUGGUAG